GGCAGACAACUGUAAACAGCUAACUGUGCUCUUCGGUGUAGCUACUGACUUGAUUUUGUGAGAUAGAUUUGUUAAGCUCGCAUCGUAGCUAAGAUCAACGACAAAAAUGUUGAGUUAGCGCAUAAAACUGGAAACGCAAAAUGCGAUGCUAUCAUCAAGCAUUUCUCCUAUGCAUGGUCAGCACCUUCUUUUCACUGUUGUAUGUGUUCAAUCAACUAGCCUCCACCUUGGAGGACGGAGACGGCUGGGACCUGAACGAACAGGGGAUACCCGACAGGCGCAGUCGUGACACCGGGCACCUUCUCAGGAAAAAGCCCGGACUCGCAGGCCUUCGAGAUCGCGAUGAUGGGCUUGACAGGUGUAGAAAACUGUCAGUUUCUUACUGGAAUCCAUAUUGGAGACUGCCUGCUGAUGUUUGUGGAGUGAACUGCUUAUUGGAAUCAUCUAUUAGAAAGAGAUCAGGCUCUGAAGUCGAGGAGCAUGGCGAUGGGAGAAGUCACCUGGCUGUGGUGGCCUGUGGCCCCCGGCUAGAAGAGACUCUUACCAUGUUGAAGUCUGCUGUUCUCCUCAGCAGAAAGCCUCUGCACUUUUACAUCUUUGCUGAGGAUGAUCUACAUGACCACUUCAGAAAUGCCCUGGACUCCUGGCCCAGGACAGUACAGACCAAGUUUAUCUACACCAUCUACCCCAUCACGUUUCCUAAUGCGAAUGCAAAAGAGUGGAAGAAGCUCUUCAAACCUUGUGCCUCCCAGAGGCUCUUCCUGCCACUGAUUCUGAAGGAGGUGGACUCUUUGCUCUACGUGGAUACGGAUAUCAUUUUUCUGCAGCCAGUAGAGGACAUCUGGGCCCUUCUUUCUCAGUUCAAUUCAAGCCACUUAGCGGCCAUGGCUCCGGAGCACGAGGAGCCACGCAUCGGCUGGUACAACCGCUUUGCCCGCCACCCUUACUAUGGCAAGACUGGCAUCAACUCAGGGGUCAUGCUCAUGAACAUGACGCGCCUCAGGGAGAAAUCUUUUAAGAAUGACAUGACAACAGUUGCACUGAAGUGGGAGGAAAUUCUUAUGCCCCUUUAUCAGAAGUAUAAACUCAACAUCACCUGGGGGGACCAGGACCUUCUUAAUGUCAUAUUUCACCAUAAUCCAGAAAGCCUGUAUGUGUUUCCCUGCCAGUGGAACUACCGUCCGGACCACUGCAUCUACGGCAGCAACUGUCAACAAGCCGAUCGAGAAGGUGUCUUCAUUCUCCAUGGUAACAGGGGAGUUUACCAUGAUGACAAGCAGCCGGCUUUCCGAGCCGUCUACGAGGCCAUCCGAAAGUACACAUUCGGUGAGAACAUGGAGACCUCGCUGCUGCAGCCGCUGGAAGCAUCGCUGCAGACCACCACGAAUACCUACUGUGGAAGAGCCAGUCACCUGUUUACGAAGAAGUUAAAAGGGAGCAUCGCAUCUGUUCAACGAGAUGUCACACAGAGAAGAUGAUCAGGACAUGUGGAAGCAGAGUCUUGGAUGUAAGACACUCCUGUGGUAGAGUCACAAGUCCGUCUCAACCACAGACUGGAGACAAUCCCUCUGGUUCCCUUUCUAGAACUAGGUGCAAUGAAUUAUAGAGUUUAAAUAAAAGCUACUUAGAAGAGCCAAUCCAAAGUCUUUAGGGUGGCUCCUCAUAUUGGGACGGUGACAUGCAGAGGUUGUGUGUCUACUGGUUCGUGGCAGGAACACAUGCACAGAGCGCUUGUUGCUGCAGCUGGGGCCUGUGCUAAGAAGCAGGAUUUAGGGUUUUGGGAGGUAACUUCAGGGCGGCUCCGGAGCAGGUUAUGUUCGAGAUAUAAGAGAUCAACUUGUUUAAAAGCACCGCCUACUGACCAAUCAAAGCCUGGCGAACGGAUCGUGAGAUAAUAUUACACAAAUACAAAGAAGUUAAAGUCAUAAUCCAGGGUGAAAGCAACACAUAUUUAACUGCCAGAAGCAGAAAGGAAAGCUGGCAAAAAAUCUGUGCGUAAAUUUGAAGGUUCAUAAUAUCACUGCCUCAUCUAGACCAAUAUUUGAGCCUCAUUCUUUCUGCUUCAACCCCGGCAGCGUGAAACAGACUUCAAAGCAAAAAAUAAAUAAAAAAUAGGCUAUAAUAAUUUAAAGACGUAAGUAGACUUCCAUAUCUUGUAAGUCAGGCUCUACUGAAUAGAUCGAAGCUUCAUUCAUAACGUUGACAUUCAAAUUGGAUAAAGAUUAGACUACACUAAUAUCAGGCUUAUUAGUAUUAUACUAUUUGUAUUAUAAUAUUUGUAAUAUUCAUGCUAUAUUUUAUGUGCUCCAAGUCCAGGGUUGCAGCUGAAAAAAUAAGGCUAAAAUUGUCAUGCACGCCAUCAUUUAGAAUAAAGUAUCUUCUAUUGUGAAAGACGACAUCUAAGCAACAACAUCAUUUAAUAGAAUACCCAGAUGUAAUGUAGUCAGAUCUACUCGUGCUCUAGAUGGGGCUGUGAUAUUGUAAACCUACUAAUUUAUGCUUUCACACACUCUGCUUGUUUAUGAUUGGUCAUAUGCUGCAAACAUUUUAUGUGCCCGCACUCAUAGCCAGAUUGAGAAACCCUGGGAGGAUUUACCGAGUUGAUGAGCAGCUUUGUGGGACCGUUUAGCUGGAUUACAGUUGUUAGGGUUAGUUAAGCCAGACAACCAAAAGAUACCCUGUUGAACUCGCUUCGCAGUACAGGCCUCUGCUCUGCUAAUGUAAUAACACACACACACACACACACACACACACACACACAGUGGGUUCACUCACUGUUGCUGCUGGUCAAAGAUUAAAAAGUAGUAAUAACCUCGGACCUCUCUUUCCGCCAGUAAACAGCUCCAGAAUGUGAGUCACGGUCGAGGUUUUAUUCCUCCAGAAUUUCGACCAAUGACAGCGCGUUAUACACCACGUGACCCUCCGAUACGUCCCCAUGCAUGUAAAUAGACGAUGGUAGUUAAACUUUACUUUGGUGUACCUUUGGUAGGCGGAGACGAUGUAAGACUGCCCUUUGUGGAGACAUUGAGCUGGAUGACAAACAGACUCGGGUCAACACUGGACCGUCGUCCGUUGACAAACUGCGUAUCAAGAUUAGUAAUGGUGAAGGGUAAUCUGUGGAACAGGUUAUGUUUUUUUAUUCUUCUGUGAAGCCAAUGUUGGUAGAUAUCUAUUGGAUCACAAAUGCUUCCUCACCAUGGUGGGAAAUGCACAGACACUUUUGAGAAAGAACCUACAAUCACUUUGUUGUUUCAGGUCUUUUGGAAAAAAGAAACACAGCAGGGUACUUAAAUAUGUACUCCUAUCGGGAGUAUUUUAUUACAGCUGUUUUAAUAUAAUUGUGCAUACAGGUUUUGUACUAGUGUUUUAGUCACUGCAGUAUAUAUUGGGAAAAAAAGGGUUAUUGUUAGUUUCACAGCAAUUGUCUUGUUUUUUAGUGAAGAAAACAGAUGCUCAUUAAGAAUACUUUAAACCUGUAUUCAUUAUUGUUGGACAUCUGUGACAGGAAGCACUUUUAAUGUCUACCUUGUAACUAACACGAGGCUAUCAUUUCAUUUUCUCUGGUACGGGAGUUUGUCAAAUAGUUGUUUACUGUACACUGUAUGAGCAUUUAAGUAUUUUCAGUAACUGCCAAUAUGAACAUAAUAUUACAACUGGAACAAUGUCAUAGACGGCAGUUAGGUCUCAAUCAAGCGUCAUCUGCUCCAAGACAGGUUUAGCAAAAAAGUUGCACUUUUGAUGUGAGACAUUGGGGACUGUAACAUAUCACAAAAUCAUAUCUGUGAUUGUAAUGUUUCACUGAAAACCAGCAUAGAAGUUCAAGUGUAUAUCAAAUGUAUGGGAAAUAAAUAUUUUUAAAAAAGCA